AUGCACCAGCACCGCAGAAAGUCCGGUCACGCCUCCGGCAACCCGUCUUUGACAGACGUCCGCAAGGCCGUCAGCGCGACAGACCCUUCAUCAAAGAAGUACUCGUCUCGUCCCACGAUGUCGAGGAGGUCUACACCACAAUCACUCCCAAAACUAGGGAAAAACCCCCGCGACCGGGAAAAGGAGUUAGACCAGGAGCGUUGGUGGGACGAAGAACGGGAGAGCUUCCCGGAGUAUUGCAUGAUUUGCGAAAAGCAGUUCGUCCCAUAUGAUGAUCAGUCUCUCUACUGCUCUGAAGACGCCAGUAUUUCCUCUGUGCCGAGCCGGUACAGCAGCAGCAGCUACCCAGCUACCACCCAAUAUCCCUUCUACUCUGGGCCGCCAGAAUCUAGAGACAUCAUCCCCCGCGCUUCCCCCUCACGGCCGAGUUCAACGCAUGUCUCCCCGCCCGUCAACCCCGCAUCAGCCAUCGCAGCCCUGAAGUCGCUCUCAGUCCGGCCGGCAAGCCCCACGUCGCCCGUCGGGACCUAUCACCAGGGCAUCUGGCCCUUCGCGCGCAGCACGACGGCUACCAGCCCCAGCAGUUCGUACACGAAACCAUCUCCGGGCUUCUUCUCAUCCACGUACGACGGCGCCUACUACGGUGCCGGUGCCGAUUAUUACGGCACAAGCUCCGAUCGGCCACUCCCCUCUCGCCGGCCAACGGCCUAUUCGAGGCCAAAGAGCAUAGAGCUCGUGACGCCCAUGUUGGGGCGGUAG